AUGGAUAGUCGCCGACAGUCAGAUGCUAGCACUCCUAUAGAGAGUGAUUCUCCAAUCUCGGUGGACACUCCUGCCACAGAGUCAUCAGUCCUUUUUGACAAUUUGGAUGAGCUUCUGAGACUUCCUCUUGAAAAUCAAUAUAUCCUUGUCACGGGUGGUUUGGGUUUUAUUGGCAGCCAUACCACAUUGGAGCUGCUCAAAGCAAACUAUAACGUGAUUGUGAUCGACAACCUCAGCAAUGCUUUUGAAAAUGUGUUUGAACGAAUCAGUCUUUUGGCUCAAAAGUUCCACAAAGAAAAUGGAACAUCCAUGCCCUCUUUGCGUUUGCAUGCUCACGAUUAUCGUGACACCUCUGCUCUUAAAGGGCUUUUGGAAAACUAUCGCCUUCAUUCAAGAUGGGGAUCCACAAAAUCCAAAAUCGCAGGUGUCAUCCACUUUGCGGCUUACAAAGCUGUGGAAGAGAGCAUCAGGGAGCCACUGAAAUACUAUUCAAACAAUGUAAGUGGCCUAGUCGACUUUGCCACAACCUUGGGAGAGUUUGGCAUCAAAAAUUUCAUCUUUUCCUCCUCUGCCACCGUGUAUGGUACCCUAGCAACAUCGGGUUUGCCAUUGAAAGAGGAGCUGUGUGUUCACAAAGAGGAAGUAUACACCGAUCACUCAGGAGACACGCAGACUGUGCAGCCUGGCUGUACAGGUAUCACCAAUCCAUAUGGGCGAACCAAAUGGAUUUGUGAGACAAUUUUGGCAGAUCUUGCUGCCUCAGAUCCAGAGUGGACCAUUGUUGCCCUGCGAUAUUUCAAUCCUGUUGGUUGUGAUUCAUCUGGUCUCCUCGGUGAGGAUCCAAGACAAGUGCCAACAAAUCUCCUUCCAGUGGUUGUCAAGGUUAUGACAGGCCAGUUUGCAGAGCUCCAGAUGUUUGGAACAGACUGGGACACUGUUGAUGGUACUGCAAUCCGUGACUUCAUCCAUGUUACUGACCUCGCUCGUGGGCACAUCGCCGCUCUCAGCACUGCGAGCGAAGGCAAACUCAGCGAGAACUUCCGAACCUUCAAUUUGGGUACUGGCUCCGGUCAUUCUGUCCUGGAAGUAGUCAAUGCCAUGGAGGAUGUCAUUUCAAGGCCGAUUCCCAGGAAGGCUGCUGAUCGCCGUGCUGGCGAUGUUGGUUCCUGUGUCGCAGUUGUCAGCAGGUCCCAAGAAGAGCUGCAGUGGAAAACAGAGAAAUCUCUCAAGGAUGCGUGCAAAGACAUCUGUAAUUUUCUGGAUGUCAGUGGUCUGUCUUCAUAA